CUUGAACGCUAAACAGAAUUCUGAAUACUACAUAAUGCAUACAAAUCUGGCCCCCUGUUUCUCUCCACAGGGAACAAUAGCACUACAGUAUUCACUAUUUGAAAAAUGGUGAAUGUUACGACAUUAUGCGUGACUUGCCACGAGGCUACCAGCUCCAGGUUCUUUCGACAGUCGCAGAACGCGGUGGAAGCCAUCUAUGACCAAUUGGAGCACAACGACUGGCAAGGAAACCAAUGGCUGGUUAACUUGGGUUUGUCCCAAGAUGUCAUUGACAGGCUGAGCAAUGACCCUAGCUGCCUGUCGGACAUCGCGUUUCGUUUCACGUGGAUUGGGACAAAAGGACUUAUCAAAGUAGUAGUCCCAUCUAUUCAACAUAAUUUUACCACAUCGGGCUUGGUCCACUAUAUCGACCAGCAGUGCAUUCUAAUGGGAGUGCCAGACAAUGAUCUAGCUUGGGGGCGUACAGUCACGACACCAGGCACCGAUACGACUCAUGGGAAACAGCCGGACGGCUGUUUUUACCCCCCUAACCGCCAGCCUCUGGGUGGUCAGUUCAACGGCUGGCCGUCGAUGGUUAUCGAAACGGGUGUUUCGGAAUCGUUGGCAAAGCUUCGUUGUGAGGCUACUUGGUGGUUCGAAAAGUCAUCGGGUGACACUAGAACCGUCAUUCUCAUCUCAAUCAAAGCAGCCACCAAGGAGAUCAGGUUCGAGAAAUGGCAGCUUAUCUCUCCAAACGUUCCACGCCCUGUUACGAAGACGCUGGAAGUCAUGGAAGACUACGUAAAACGCCUGACGCAGGGAAAGGAUCAUUACAUGGAUAUGCUACGAGAAUGGAGAAUACGCAGAAGACGUUGGGAGCUUGACUAUGUUAAGCGAUACAAGGACAUGGAUGCCGCUGGCUGGUGGGACCGUCAAGGCCCAGUGUCGGACGAAGAAAUCGAGAAUCUGGAAAACCAAAUCAAUGCGAAAAACCUCCGCGACAGGUACUGA